AGCCGCUCCGGGGCCGCCGCGGCGGGGCAGGGCAGGGAGCCGCGGCAGGAGGCGCCGCGCCUGGGGCCGCCGCGGGACGGGGGUCGCCUCCAAGCCGGGACGCCGGCGGCGGUAGCGGCGCUCCGGGAGCCGCCCCGCCCGCGACAUGGCAGCGCGGUCCCGGAGACCCUGGCUGAGCGUGGUGCUGGGGCUGGUGUUGGGCUUCACCGCCGCUUCCUGGCUCAUCGCCCCGCGAGUGGCCGAGCUCAGCGAGAAGAAGCGGCGCGGCGCCAGUCUCUGCUCCUACUACGGCCGCGCGGCGGGGCCGGGGGCAGCGCGGGGCGCGGCGGCGGGCGGGCAGCAGGCGCCGCCGGAGGCAGCGGCGGUGCUGGGCGGCACGAGUUUCAGGAGCAGCCCCUGGGAGCUGCCGCCAGCGGCGGCGGAGGGCACGGUGUCCAGCCCCGCCGCUGGCGGGGAAGGGGAGCCGGAGGAGGAGGAGGAAGGCGGCGAGAAGCGGAGCGGCCGGCCUGGCGGCGGGAGCCACAACGGGAGCGGGGACUGGGGGGGUGCCCCGGGCUGCGCCAAGCCCCGCAACUUCCUCUACGUGGGGGUGAUGACGGCCCAGAAGUACCUGGGCAGCCGGGCGGUGGCGGCGCAGCGGACGUGGGCGCCCUCGGUGCCGGGCCGCGUGGAGUUCUUCUCCAGCCAGGGCUCCGCCGCGCCCCCCGGGCUGCCCCCGCUGCCUGUCGUCGCCCUGCCCGGCGUGGACGACUCUUACCCGCCGCAGAAGAAGUCCUUCAUGAUGAUCAAGUACAUGCACGACCACUACCUGGACAAGUACGAGUGGUUCAUGCGGGCGGACGACGACGUCUACAUUAAAGGUGAAAAAUUGGAGGAGUUUCUUCGCUCACUGAACAGCAGUAAACCUCUGUAUUUGGGACAGACUGGUCUGGGUAAUAUUGAAGAACUCGGAAAACUUGGGCUGGAGCCUGGGGAGAACUUCUGCAUGGGAGGGCCAGGAAUGAUCUUCAGUCGGGAGGUUCUCAGGAGGAUGGUGCCACAUAUAGGUGAAUGCCUUCGAGAAAUGUACACUACCCACGAGGACGUGGAGGUGGGCAGGUGUGUCCGGAGGUUUGGAGGAACUCAGUGCGUUUGGUCAUACGAGAUGCAGCAGUUGUUCCACGAAAACUAUGAACACAACCGCAAGGGUUACAUUCAAGAUCUUCACAACAGCAAGAUUCACACAGCCAUAACACUUCAUCCAAACAAAAGACCAGCCUACCAAUACAGGCUGCACAAUUACAUACUGAGUCGCAAGAUUUCCGACCUGCGCUAUCGGACCAUCCAGCUCCAUCGGGAAAGUGCCCUGAUGAGCAAGCUCAGUAACACUGAAGUAAAUAAGGAGGAUCAGCAGCUGGGAGGGAUGCCAUCUUUCAAUCAUUUCCAGCCACGUGAAAGGGGUGAAGUCAUCGAGUGGGAGUUCCUGACCGGAAAAUUCCUGUAUUCCAUGGUGGAGAACCAGCCACCCCGGCAGAGCCUGAGCAGCGUCCUGCGGGCUGCACUGGAUGACACCGUGAUGCAAGUGAUGGAAAUGAUAAACGAGAACUCUAGAUCCAGAGGAAGGCUCAUUGAUUUCAAGGAAAUACAGUAUGGCUACCGCAGGGUGGACCCUCUGCACGGAGUGGAGUACAUCCUGGAUUUGCUGCUUUUGUACAAAAGGCACAAAGGAAGGAAAGUUACAGUUCCAGUGAGACGCCAUGCUUACCUUCAGCAAUUGUUUAGCAAACCUUUCUUCAAAGAAGCAGAAGAGCUGGAUGUAAGAAGCUUGCUGGAGGAUUCCAACACUGACACUCAGUCUUUCUCUUUCCUUUCAAAUUCUUUAAAGAUUUUUUCCUCAUCGUUCCAAGGCACCAAAGACAUUGGGGGACACAGUGACAAGAAAAUACAUAUCCUCGUCCCUAUCACGGGGAGAUUUGAUAUUUUCUCAAGAUUUAUGGAUAACUUUGAGAAGACUUGUCUGAUUCCCAGGCAGAAUGUAAAGUUGGCAAUAAUUCUCUUCAGUUCCGAGCCAGGCCAAGACUCUAGCAACCACAUAGAACUAAUGAAAGAAUACAGCAUUAAGUAUCCUAAGGCAGAUAUGACCCUGAUUCCAAUGGCAGGCAAGUUUUCUAGAGGUUUAGGUCUUGAGAUGGCCUCAUCUCAGUUUGACAAUGGCACUUUGCUGCUAUUCUGUGAUGUUGAUCUGGUAUUCACACCAGACUUCCUCCAGCGAUGCAGAGAUAACACUAUUCAGGGAGAACAGGUUUACUAUCCUAUCAUCUUCAGUCAAUAUGAUCCAAAAGUAAUAUAUGGAGACAACCCUCCAGCUGACAGUAGUUUUGUUUUCACAAAAAGAACUGGAUUUUGGAGGGAGUAUGGAUUUGGAAUUACCUGCAUUUACAAAAGUGAUCUGCUUACUGCUGGUGGAUUUGAUACCUCUAUUCAAGGCUGGGGACUUGAGGAUGUAGACCUCUUUACUAAAGUGAUAACAUCUGGCUUGAAGGCUUUCAGAAGUCAGGAAGUAGGAGUUGUCCAUGUUUUUCAUCCAGUUCAGUGUGACCCCAAUUUAGAUCCAAAACAAUAUAAAAUGUGCUUAGGGUCCAAAGCGAGUACAUUUGCCUCUACCAUGCAGCUCGCUGGACUCUGGCUACAGAAACAUUUGGGUGUCAGGUACAACUGGACUCUGUCCUGACAUCUCAGCCUAUUUGGCCUUUUUAGGGGAGUUUACCUCAUUAUUGUCUUAUUUGAUUUUGCUGUUGUAGAUUUAAACUCCCUCCUCAUUGUCUUCCAAAGACUGUUGACCUCAAACGGGAUGACUCUGCUGUUCACUGAUGUUUCUUAUACCUACUGAACUGGUGAGGUGAAUUCCUUCAUAUUUCCUUUAUUUGAAAUUCAGUCAAGUCAUGGAAACCAUAUAAGCCCAUGGAGCAUAUCCAUCACAAGAGACUGUAUCAGAAGAAUGUUUUCUUUUAGCUUUCAGAUGCAGUAUCAUCCCUGUUGCAUUUCUCAGAUUUGAUGUGAUACAAAUAUUUACCGGUGAAGGUACCACAAAAGUGCUUUAUGCUUCUUCUGGGGAUGGAACUCUAUAUGAUAAACUUGAGUUUUAUAAUUUAUAUGAGGACUUAUAUGUAUAAAUGCUACUUUUCUUCAUCUUUAGAAUUUUUAAAGUAAAUGAAUAACUAUAAUUGUACCUUUAUUUUUUAAAAAGAGAGUAAAGCCGAGGAGCUACUUGCAAAUACAACUGGUACUGGCUACCAAGGUUCUUAAAAGUCUUAUUAUUAAAACAAACUCCUCAUCGUUGUUCAAUCAAAGUGUAAAUGAACUUUGUUUUCACAACAAACAGGAUUUAAUCAAAUAUUCAUAUACACUUUAGAAGAUUUGUGAGCCAACAUCCUUCAUUUGCAGGCAAGAAGUAACUAUGACUUAAAAUGGUCAUGUAUGAUUAAGUGCAGGCAUACAGUAUUCUUAUUUUGAAACAGUAUAAGUUGCUCUUUCUCUUUUUAGAAUGAGUCUCUAAUACAUAAUUUUCUUUUACAUUCCUUUCAUAAAGCUGCACUUGAUACAGAGUGUUAGAAGUCAAAGCUCUAUUUUUUAUUUUUUUUUUUACAUUUUCCAUGAGUUGGUACUCAGCAGCAACUUGUUGUUAAAAUAGUUGUAGAAUAAUUAUUUAAGUUUCAAAAUUCACUAUUGCUGGUCAAAGUUCCUUGCCAAUGUAUUUAUAUUAGUGGAGAUUAUAAGACUGUGUUCAGAUAUAUGUCUCCAGACAGUCUGAAGUUGUCAUAUGGUGGAUUCAUGAAGUAUUUAAAGGGAUACCAACAGAAGAAAUAAUAAAAUAAAUUUCCAAUUUUAGGGAAAUGUUUAUAUAGGGAUAUAUAUGUGUACAUGUGUUGGUGUGCGUGUGUGUAUAUCCCUAUAUACAUAUAGAUAUAUAGAGACAGUAAUUUCAAAGUAGGUUCUUUUUUUCAGUUCAGGCAGUGAUUUGCUACAAUCGUUGUUAUUUUUGCCACAUACUUGGAACAUUUCAUGUUAUACUGUGGUAAGAACUCAGAGACAUCCAGGAAACCAUCACAAUUCAGCUAAACUUAAAAUAGUGCAAUGGGUACAUCCAACAGCCUCAGUACCCUUGACUUUUAACUAUAUUUCAAAUGGAUCUGGGCAAGAAAAAGUUGUAACUGGAACAGUUUCAGCUAUAGCCAACAACUUGUGCAUUUCCUUUCAGAAAAAAAACAACUAAGAGAUUGUAAUUCACUGACACAUCUAUUUAUAUAGGAUAUCCUGAUAAAUUUCCUAAGGCAUGAGGAGGGUGUUUAGGUCUCUAAUCUGUGGUUCUCUGUUCUGGAUUCAUCAUGCAAGGAAAAAAGGCAACCCUGAGGAGGGUUGGGUAAACUCAGAAUUAAAGAAAUAAAAGUACCUUGUUGUAUGCUUAAAAAUAAGGCCAUUCCCUUGCCUUGGAGAGGGUGGUAAUUGUGGUAGAUGGGAACAGAUAGAGGGUAAUUCAUGCUUGUCUACCCUGCUCAAGGAGAGCUCCUGGCUUCUUGUUCUCCUGGAGCUCUUGCCUUCCUUGCCCAGUAUUGUUAGCUCAAACGUUUGUCAAAAGUGAAAUUCAAUGCCUCAUGAAAUAAUUCACGGAAACCGCUCUUUAAAUUGAGUGCAAAGGUCACACUUUUUCAGUUAGAAAGCCAAGAACAAGGAACGUGUCGUUUAUUUGAUCAAUCUCAACUAACCAAUGCAACUCACAUUGUAAAUACCAAAAACUGCCUGUUGAUAAAUGUUUGUGAUGAUUUCAUGAACAAGAAAAAAACUAAUUAUUUAGAAAGAUAUCUAAGGAAAUCAUUGUCUACUGGGAUGUAUUCCAGUGCUUAUUUCAGUUACUUAAUUUAGUGGCCAGAAUGUGUUUGCUCAGCUCAAAGUAAAACAGUAGAUUAGAACAAGCAAUGAAAUCAAUCAUUCAGUGGGGAUAAAGAGGUAUACAGAGGGCUUGCAGGAUCAGGUCCUACAUGAUAUAAGCAAAAUGCUAGUAUUUACCAGUAAAAAUAUUUAUUUAGUGUCUGACUGAUUCAUUUGUUUAUAUGAUGAAUUACUUUGUUAAAAACCUGAUUAUAAAUGUUUAUUAUGAAAUAUUGCAUUGUCUUUUGAAAUAACUAUCCUGAGAUAACUUGAGAACUUGUGUUAGUUUGUCUAAGGAAUAAUAUGCCUUCUAAGAAGAUCAUAUUAAAAUUAAAAAAAAAAGCACAAAAGUGUUAGUGUAAUGUUACAUAUGUAUAGAUUAAGAUGGGAAUGUCUGUGCUAAUCAACUGUUUGCUUUUGUCUAGUCUGAAUCAUAAUCUUGAUUGUAAAGUGAAAUUUCUGUGUGUAUGAUGUCCAUUUGUAAACGUGUGACUAGUGAAUUCACAAUAGAACUUAAAGACCAAUUUUUCCCCAAA